AAACAACACUAGAGAGGGAUGAACACUGCAAGGAAAUGAAACUUAUGCGAGUAAAAAUAAAGGAAAAAGAGGAUACCCCACACUUUAAGCUUUAAGAGAAGAGUACACACCUUUGAAAAGGUUUAACAGCUGACACAAUCAAAAUGGCUACAGCCACAGAUAGCUCCAACCAACUUCAGUGCUCCAUCUGUAAAAACCUGAAACCAGAUUCAGUCACCAAGAGCUGUGGACACACCUUUUGCAAGAGCUGUCUGUGUCAUCAGGUAGACACCAGUGAUCCACAGUGUCCCCACUGCCUUGAGGCUCUGCAGCGGGCACAGAUGGCCGACCUGAGUCUCUACACCGGUAAAAGUGAUGAGAUCCCUUGCAACAUCUGUGAAGAAAACCGUCCGUUCAUAGCUGUGAAGUCCUGCUUGACCUGUUUACUCUCAUACUGUGAGCGUCAUCUGAAGCCGCAUCAGUCUAUGGAGAGGCUGAGGGGUCAUAAACUGGUACAUCCAGUGGAGAAAUUGGAUGAGAGAGCAUGCAGUGUCCACGGCAGACCUCUGGAGCUCUACUCUACACAAGACAAAUGCUGCAUCUGUGCUUUAUGUGUGACACCUGGUGUAGACGUCAUACCUGUGGAGACAGAGAGACAGAGGAGAGAGGUUGACCGGCAAAAGACUAUUAGUAAGUUGGAAAGCAUGAUUAGUCAGAGAGAAAAGAAACUUGAGGAUCUUCAAAACACAGUGUCAAAAGAUCAGGCCGAGAUAAACAGAGAGCAGACAGAGAUAAGGGAGGUGUUUGCUGCAGUGAUGGAUGUUGUAAAGAGAGCUGAGGAGGAGCUGCAUGCUCCUCUAGAGAAUGGAAGAAGGAAUCUGGAGGAGGAGAUGAAAGUGAAGAAGCAGCAGGUAGACAAGGACAUCCAAACGUAUAAAGAAAUCAUCGACCGUUUGAAUGAAACUAAGAAUGAAGAAGACGACAUCAAAUUUCUCCAGUCGAAUCAAUCUGUGCCUGCUGAACUCAGAGAUGAUUGGAGAGUUUCUAUUGACACUAAACUAAACUUUGGCUCAAUGAGAAAUAUAACCACAUCUGUUUUGGCUUCUAUUAAAACUCAGCUGGAGAAUCUUUGCUCUUCUGAAAUGAGAAGAAUUCAGAGAUUUUUAGUGGAUGUGAUUCUGGAUAAAAAAACCGCACAUCCAGCUCUUGAAGUGUCUCAAGAUGGCAAAGCAGUAAGAGGCAAAGCCAACGCUCAUGACAGUCAGGGCGUCCCAAAGCAGUCCGAUCUGGUGGUUGGAGUCCUGGGAAAUCUUCAGAUCAAGUCUGGAAAAGCAUUCUGGUUAGUGGAGGUGGGACAGAUAACGGGCUGGGAACUGGGUGUAGUGAGAGAAAAUGCAAACAGGAAAGGAAAAGUCUUCUGCAAACCCAGUGAGGGUUAUUGGGUCAUUGUGUUCAGUGAGCCAAACACAUAUGGAGCUUUUGAAGAUAAACCCGUUCAGCUGCAUCUCACCAACAAACCCCAGAAGGUGGGAGUGUUUGUCGACUAUGAGAACGCUCUCAUCUCCUUCUACAAUAUGGACGAUCAGUCACACAUUUACACAUUCACUCAGUGUAGAUUCAAUGGAACGAUCCAUCCAUAUUUUAACCCUCAUCCCAACAAAAAUGUCAAAAAUGCAGAUCCAAUGAUCAUUUGUUCUUGUAAUCCAACAAUGUGAGAGGUGUAACAUAUACAGUAAAUACCUAUAUAUACCCAGAUA